UUUAUUUAUGGGUGCACUUAGCGGGGGCAAGACACCCAGCACAGGCUAGCUUCAUCAUAUAUGGAAGGCCCUAAAGGAGUGAGGAAAGGUGCUUGGACUUCUGAAGAAGAUAACCUUCUCAGGAACUGGGUUGAAAGACAUGGAGAAGGCAGAUGGCAUCUAGUUCCUUCCAGGGCAGGGUUGAACAGAUGCAGGAAAAGCUGUAGAUUGAGGUGGUUGAACUAUCUUAAACCAAAUAUCAAUAGAGGGGAAUUCGCGGAGGAUGAAGUUGAUUUGAUGAUCAAACUACACAAGCUCCUUGGUAACAGGGUUUCACUGCUUCUUGUGCCCAGAUGGUCAUUAAUUUCUGGAAGACUACCAGGAAGAACAGCGAAUGAUAUAAAGAAUUUCUGGAACACCCGCAUGCGCAAGAAUAUCACUUAUUGCGAGGAAGAUGCGAAACCGAAAACACCAAACGCAAAAAAGACCAACAUAAUAAGGCCUCAACCUUGGAAAUUCAAAAAUAUGUCAUCAACUACUGUAAAUAAUGCGCAAAUGAAGUUGUUGCCGGAACCACAUGGAUCAAACACACAUCAAAAUGUAAGAAUGGUGCAUGGUGGUGGUGUGGCGCCGGCUGACAAUAGUCUUUGCGAGCACUCUAUGGCUUUUCCACUUCCAAGAUCGUAUAAUGAAGACGUGUGUGAAAAAAUUUUAGACAAGAAAGAAAUCAACCAAUUCAAUGGCAGUGCCACAAAGCCUUUUGCAGAAGAAAACGCAACAGGGACUGAUGCAGUGGAUACUUUCUUUGAAGAAGGCCAAAUGACCAAGGGAAUGAACGAUUUCUAUGAAGAAGACUGGUGGAUUGAAUUUUCCUCGCAUAUAGACCUUUGGAAACUACUGAAUGAAGAACAAGAAACCUCGAUCGAUGAGAUGUUUUAAGCUUUACACCACCAAGGUUAAAUCAUCGAGCUUCUCCGCUUUGGCACUGCAUAUGGUGUCCCCAACAACUGGUUUCAUGGACUUUAGUCAGUGUGGCAAAAAAUAAAAUGUCUGCGUGAUGUAAACUGUAUUGAUUUUCCUUGAUUUUUGUAUUUCUUGCUAGGCUUUUUCACUUGGUAUUCAUCAUGUUGGUAAGGUAUAUUUACCACAAGCGCUUAAUCUGCUCUUGGCGCUUAAGGGUAUUAAUUUGAUUAAGGGUAAUGGAGGUUGAUUAAAGUGUGCCAUUGGCGCCAUUUGAAGAUUCA